CGUUUCCGCCCCCCGCUCUUCUUUUCUUGUUUUAACAGCCCCCUUUUUUUUGAAGCCACACAAACAAAACGGCUUGGGCUGCACUUUUAAUUUACGCACGUAACAAUACGUGACAGGUGACUGCGCCUUUUACUGAGGCCCCCGGAUUGUUUCCUCAUCGCCAUUUCGGGUGUGAUAAUAAUAAUAAUGGACACCGACUACUCGUCCGGCCUGGAGAACCCUCUGUACAGCGAGCUCAAGUAUUUCUGUAGGAAAAUACGGGAGGCCUACAAUGAGCUCAAAGAGGACCUGACACCUUAUCGCGAUGACCGCUUUUAUAGAUUGGCUCCCAUGCGGCUGUAUACCCUAUCUAAAAGACAUUUUGUGCUAGUCUUCGUGGUCUUCCUGAUGUGCUUCGGCCUCACAGUCUUCAUAGGAGUUACAGGUCCAAGGAUUAUUGCUGAGCAGGAGCACAAUGGUGACCAGUUCCUUGAAAAAAACUCUUCUGUUAAAAGCUCUUCUGUUAAGACUGGGCCCUUUAAUCUAGUUUCUUCUCCCCUGACCACCUACAAUCAGCAGCUGUGGCUCACGUGUGUGAUGCAGGCUGAAAACAGCAAAAUGAGAGAUUUCAAGCAGCCCUUUGAGAUCAACGUUGAGUUGAAGGGAGUGAUGCAGGAUGCCAGCGUGAUGCACAUCAACAAUGCGCGCAUGAAGUCACGGAUGCUGCACUGCGCGGCUGCUAAUUGCGAUGAGAUCAUUGUACUGCAUCUGGGCUACCUGAACUACACCCAGUACCAGGUUACGGUGAGCUUCAAAGGCCUUGAAAAUAUCACAUAUGACAUCAAGGUUAAGUUUGUGUGGAAAACAUAUAAUUCCACCUUCUCACAAGUGGAAAUUUGGUUCCGGUUUGUCUUUGUGGUAUUGACCUUCAUGGUGACCUGUAUGUUUGCUCACUCACUGAGGAAAUUUUCCAUGAGAGACUGGGGGAUAGAGCAGAAGUGGAUGUCAAUUCUUCUCCCUUUGUUGCUGCUCUACAAUGAUCCUUUCUUCCCGCUGUCAUUCCUGGUGAACAGCUGGUUUCCAGGGACCUUGGACACCUUCUUUCAGGCACUGUUCCUGUGUGCUCUGCUGCUCUUCUGGCUCUGUGUUUAUCACGGCAUCAGAGUCCAGGGUGAGAGGAAAUUUCUGACUUUCUACCUGCCUAAGCUGGUUAUCGUCGGUCUUCUGUGGCUGUCAGCAGUUACUCUGGGCAUAUGGCAAACGGUUAAUGAACUCCAAGAUCCCACCUAUCAGUACAAAGUGGAUAUAGCGAACUUUCAGGGUAUGAAAGUCUUCUUCCUGAUUGUCGUCGCCCUCUACAUCUUAUACUUGAUAUUCCUGAUUGUCAGAGCUUGUUCUGAACUGAAGAACAUGCCUUACUCAGAUCUCCGGCUUAAGUUUUUGACAGCGCUGACGUUCGUGGUUCUUAUUAUAAGCAUGGCUAUUCUCUACCUGAGGUUUGGUGCUAAGGCUCUUCAAGACAACUUCGUUGCUGAAUUGUCCACCCAUUACCAGAACUCAGCUGAAUUUUUGUCCUUCUAUGGCCUGCUCAACUUUUACUUGUACACGUUAGCAUUUGUGUAUUCUCCUUCGAAAAAUGCACUUUAUGACUCCCAGUUGAAGGAUAAUCCAGCUUUCUCCAUGCUAAAUGACUCAGACGACGAAGUGAUAUACGGGAGUGAUUAUGAAGACAUGCCUUUACAAAACGGGCGUCCGAUCAAAGCAACUGCCAAGUACCAGGAUGAGACUGACAGUGACUGAGGUAUCUCUGUGUCCACGUUGGAAAC